AUGGGAGCCUCCAGUGGGUCGAGGCUUUCUGGGAUGCAAAAACAAGUACUUGGUCUAUAUAGAGGGUUCUUACGGGCAGCUCGUUCAAAAUCUCCAGAAGACCGACACAAAAUUGAAUCAUUUAUAUCAGAUGAGUUCCGCAGCAAUGCUAAGCAAGUAGACCGCAAAAAUUUCCUUUACAUUGAGUACUUACUUCUUCGGGGGAAGAAACAGCAUGAUCAGCUCAAGAGCCGGAAUACUGUUGGAUUAUUAGCCGUCAACAUCAGUGUUUUCCAAGCAAAUUAA